AUGUGCAAGGCUUCAGUCGACCGCGCAGCGGACCGGAUCACGCAAUUACACGACCUCGUCGACGAGGUUUGCCACGCGCUCGACAACAUGACUGACAAGCGUCAGAAGGAGAUCGAGGUGUUACGGGCUGUUGUCAAGGACAAGCAGCGCGCCGCCGACGAGAUGAAGGCGGCGCAAGAGAAAUAUUUCGUAGAGACAAAGGAGUCUACGGAACAGGUUCAGGCGCGUCUCUCGAAGGCGAUAGCUCAGUUGCCAACGGGCGAACAACUAGCCGAUGUCAACGACCAGCUGAACAAGCUCGACCGCGAAGAGAACCUCGUUCUCCUAUUAGGAACAUUAUAUCAAGCCCUUCACGAUCUCACCGAUCUCAGCGCUGGUUUCCGAAGCUUCGCCCUUGUCAUCGCUUUGGGAGCGAACGUCUUUCAAAGCUCUUCCCGGUUUGCUACGCCGACUGAGGCCAAUGGCGCUCCAGCAUUACUUAGUGACUUCGAACAGGAGGUUGCCCUCAAACAUGCAGUACGUUCCGCCGAGCUUCAAAGCCUGAUAUGCCGCGUCGCUCUCAACUACUCAAAGGUAUACCGCGCUCAUGUUGCCGACGGUAUGAAGAUAUUGUCCACGAUCGACCUCCUACCUGGAGUGGCCGAUAUCCACGAUUCACUCGUUGCAGAUGCAGAGAAACUCAGCGCGUGGUGCGAGCAGGCACAGCGCGGCACGGUUACUACACUUCAGGCGGAAUUGGACGUAAUCAACGCUGAGACGGUGGGCGACCAAACCGACCAGUUGAACCAAGCGCUCGCGAAGAUCGAUGCCAUUCGAGGUGCCAGGGCCCCGGAAAUUCGCACUGCGGUAGAGCAUGCAUCGGAUACUAGGACGAAGAAUCAGACCGCUAUGAGCGUCAUCUGAUGAAAACAUAUCACAUAUGCAAAUGACCUGCAUGACUCGCCGUUUCGUAGCAGGCCUGUAUUGUGUCGUCGCUAUUAUGAUCUGGCAAAUGCGACGGCAUCACGACUAUCCAGCUUGUAUGUGCUGUGGGCCUCGGAGGCUGCAGGUAUGCGAUAUCAUUAGUACGUGGUGCUUCAUGGUUUCUCGCCGUACUCGAAUGGGUACGGUCGCUGUAUUAUUAUAUAUGCGAGUUCACUCCCAUUUAUUAUACGUGCAUUUGGGCAUCGCGAGCUACAUAUAGUACGAUACCACAGAAGUUCAUACCUUUCUUAUCUUCUAGAAGAAAUGUAUAUACUCAUUGAGCUAAGGUCAAUGUC